AUAUAUGUGUGUGUGUGUGUAUAUAUAUAUAUAUCACAAAAUCACAAAAUUAUGGCUUUUUGUUAAAUCAUAGGUGUUUCUGUCAGGGCGUUAAAGAGGGAGGCAAACACUCACACGGGAAGCAGCAUGGACUGGAAAGGCCAACACUUAUGACAGCUGCAUAGAAACGGAAAACAACCUCUUUAUAUUAGGAUUAUGGUAGAUUCUAGUGGUCCACAGAAAGACUGGUACUCAAUACUGGGUGCCUGUCCAACAGAUGACAUACAAGAACUGAAACAGAAGUAUCAGAAGCUCAUACUCAUGUUUCACCCGGACAAGCAAGGCCAGGACGUAUCAGAAGGUGAAGCGGAGCAGCACCUGCAGAGAUUCAUUGACGUUGACCAAGCUUGGAAGAUCUUGAGUAAUGAGGAGAGCAGGAAGGAGUACAACCUUCAGCUGCGGGCAAAUGAACUGAAACAGAGCUGGCCAGUGGACGCUCGUAUAACUCUCGAUGACAUGAACUGGGAUUGUGACACUGAGUGUUAUACGUACAGCUGCCGCUGUGGAGGAGAAUUCAUCUUGGAGAAGGAUGACUUAAAAGAAAUGGAAACGGUUGUGUGCUGCGAUUCCUGUUCGCUCAGCAUUGAAGUUAAGAAGGUUACAUGACACUUUUGGAUAUGUUCAGCAAGAUUCUUAUUGGACUAUUAUUUAGCUCUUUUAAAAUGGGACAUAUUCAAUGGACACACGGUUGAUUUUCUUUUUUUUACAGGAAGUGAAUGUGGCAGCAAUGAGAAAUUAUUUGUUUAUUAAAUAUUUAUUGAUGAAUUCAAAAGACAUUUCUUUCUUAAUACUCUUUAAAUAGUCUCCACAUAGAUGUUCAAAUCAACCACGCUGUAAAAACCUUUCCAUUAUCUAUUUCUUUUCUUGUGUUAGGGCGCAAGAUUUUCACUCACAUGUACCUUACAGCAAGUGCAUCACCAAAUAACCAGAACUGGUUUCCAGAAUUGGGUCACACUAGACUCUCACUGUCUCAGAAAGCCCUUUGGUUGUUUCCUCUGAGCUAGACGUGCUCUUUUACAGACCAGACGCUUACCAAAAGGGAAAAAAAAAACUUUCUGUUCGUUCCCCAGCCCCCCUCCUUUCACUCCCCUGUGUUUGCGAGGACCAGGCGGCUCAGUAACCUCUUAGCUCUUGUCAACUUUGUUUGCAUGUAAAUAAAUGCACUUUUUUCCUCCUCUGACAAUGAAGUCACAAACUGCCUCCACACAUCACUGGUCGAAAAAGGCCCUCCAGUUAAUGAUGAGCUUUUCUUUGCCUUAUUGUUCUCCGGUCCACUCAAUUUUGGGGGGAUCCGCAAGGUUGCGGCAUUGGAAUAGGGUCAUGGCUUUAUUAAACUUCAAACAGUCAUUAGACUGUUUGCUAAAAUCUGUCGUCCCACAGUAGAAACAGCUUGAUCGGGGCAAAACCACGCUUUUCAUCAAUGUCCUGAGGCCUGAACCGAGGCUAGACCUGCCAGUGGACCGGCAAUGGACCGAACUGUAAUCGACUGUGACAUCAAUUACGGAUAAUCUCAUCACUUUUGGAGAGUGGGCUUGUCAAAGCUCUAAUUAAGUCCUCGGUUCCCCCUAUAUGUGCAGACAGGAUCAACAACACAUUAUAGUGCAAUGAUAGACAUCAUCAUUCUAUUUUUGAGGGGAUAUAACUUUUAACCUAGCGUGCACUUGUGGGUCUGGCCAGGCAGUAAGGCUGCUGUGUGCAUUUGAAUGAUUGUCCCUUUACAUCUGUGUAUAUGACUGUAGAUGAUGCAAAACAAAUUAUAAUAAUUUGCAUGGUAAUGAUGUUUUAUUUAAUGUUUUUUUGUCACUUAAGUAAAAAAAUUUUUUUUUUUUUAUAUAUAUAUAAUUUCGGUCAACUUUCAUAACCGGUCAGAUAAUAGGUCAGAUUUUUCGUGUAUAUUUAGUUUUGAGUUAAGAAAUGAGAAAACUAGGUUUUUUAUUUUUUAAAUAAUCUUUGCAAUGUAUAUUCUACUGCCUAAUGCAAUGCUUUCUGCCACAUUUUUUAACAAUAUUUAAAAUAUUAAUUAAAAUGAAUGGCCAUUACCUCAUCAGGACAGUGGGUGCAAUAGGAGUAUAUUAUUGUGAUUUUGUGAGGGGAAAUGUGGAACCUUGGCUCUCUUUUUGGUGACUUUUCUCACGUUAUUGUCCUCAUUGACGUCUGUGUGAACGGUCACCUGAAACCUUUGUCAAAGUAAGCAAGACUUUCACUGAUCCUGGUUCUUGUUCACAGGUAGUUUUGAAAAGAGUUUUCUUUAAUGCAGAGCCUUCACUUUUUUUUUUUUGCCCUUUUAUGGUUUCACAUUUAAUGCAGAUGUAAUCUCAGUUGCACGGAAGAGGAAACCUCCCUCCAUCUUUUCAAUUCCUAUUUCAGUUCAAACCUAAUGGCUUCCCUGUUUUGGACAAGGCUGCCUCUACAUGCCUCUCAGAUCAAAAGUGUCCAGCCAAAUUUUCAGAGGGACCAGCAAGAGUUACCUUUUAGGGAAUAAAAGGUUCAUUAGCCUUUUAAAUAUUCAGAAUUCAAUUUUAUUGAAAUGUCAAUAAUAGUACAUUUGAAUUAUUGUAGAUCUGCACUUGCACAGGCUUUUAUGUUCCUAUGGAUACAAUGAUUGAUAAGUAUAUCUGCGCCAAACGUAUGCUAUUGAUUUACGCUGAAAAUAAACUUGUUUGUCCACCCAAACAAACUAGAGCAAUGUUUUGAAAUUGCAACAGUGUCUAAACCCUUCAGAAUUAGAUUUGUUUAACGAUGACACUCUUCACCUUAAAAGUUAUCAUUUUGCCUCUAUUUUUGGUGGAUGAGCUCUACUAAAGAUGUUUGCGGGAAGCUGGCGGCUCUAUGCUUGUGUUGUGGUGGUCUGGUUUGUUUAUGACUGGGAGUCUUUCAGAGAGCCAGAGGUUUACUGCCUAUUCCAUCAUCCUAUCCAUUCAAUUGGCAAUAACAGCCCUCAUGCAAUGCUAGACUUCUGUGGUUGUGUGUGUGUGUGAGAAAGAGAGAGGAAGAGAAACCGACUAAGUGGGAUACAGUUGUAUUAAACCAAAAUGUAACCUCUCAAAAUACCUAUGAAACGUUGUAGGUAAGUUUUAUUCCAGACUCCUUUUUUAUUUUUUUUUACUGUAAUGCAUAGACCUAAGCUAUGUGCUUGAAAACUGAAUUGGUGUUUGAAUCAUGACUGUUUUCUUUUAAAGGCUAUUUACACAUUUGUUGUGAAAGCAGUUGCCAAGGGGAGUCACAAUGCCACAGUGUCCCCGAUGUGCUCAUAGACUGAACAAGUGACAGCACCGGUGCACCCAUGAAGCCACCGGGCCCUCAGGUGCUCCCACCCCGCCGUCACAAGCCCGGACAAGUCAGGACCUGGUUUUAAAAAUAACUCCUGCUUGUUAAUCAAGAAAACCCGCCCCCAACCACUAUGCCAAAAACAUGCACCAUCCUCCCUUGCCGAUAAUUAUGUCAACCUGCUCUUCACACACCUUCAUUUACCUGUUUUUUUAUUUAUUUUUUUAUUUUAAUGUUAGCAUGCCAUACAGGUUGGCAGACAGAUGAUUUCUGUGUUAAGCCAGAUAGACUUUGAAAAGGUGCAGCAGUAAUGUCUCAAAGGAGGCGGACUUGCUAAUAAACGACUGCAAGUUGAAUUUGAAACACAACAAGUAACUGCUUGGCCACGCGCAGCUUGCUUGGAGCAACUUCAUUGUUUGCCAAUCUCUUAAUUGGUUAUUGGCCUUAUAGCUCCAUUGAGGGAAACCCACUAAUUUGGAGUGAGAGGCAGUGGGUGGUAAUUGCAGUCACUGUAGCUAUAGAUGUGUCAUUUUGAGGUGUCCACCACACCUGAGCUGUCUGUUUUGUUCCCCGCCCUUCUCUUUUAGGAAGUGAGCAUCGGCCUGCAACUUCCGGGUCCUAAAAACCCAUCAUGUGGUAUCGAUUCCAAGUGAAAUGGGAAUGCCUGGAUAUUUUAGGCCGUGGUUGGGAUAAUGAGCUCGGCCCUUUAUUCCCAUCGCCCGUCGCUCCUGGUGAUGGAAUUAGCUUGAAGCAAGCAGAGCGGAAAUCACUCUCAGCUUUAUGAAUGACAUCCCAGAGGUGGGAACGGAUUAGUCUUCUCCCUCUCUCCCUCAGUCUGUGUCUGUCUCUCUCUCACUGCCUCUAUAGCACCAGGUGGCUUUUUUUCCGGGCACAAAGGUGUUUCGCUUAAUCCCAUUACGCUAGUGCUAAAUCUCACCAACAUCAAAAUUACCCCCACCACCACUAACCUUCAUAUCUCUUUGCUUCUCCCACCCUUAGUUCGCUUUCCGUUCGCUCACUUUCUGAGUGAUUGGAAAGGUGGCUUCACCUGAAUGGAGGAAGAGAUCUGCAGGCAGCUGCUGUUUUAGCAGUCGUCGUUACCGUUGCUGACUCACAGCGAUUGCCAAUCCUGAUCCAAUUUCGCCAUGCUGGUGGCCCCUUAUUCCCUUGUCCAAUAAUGUGUCUGCUGGAAAAAAUCCCACUGCUCCAAAUCAAGUCUAAUCCUAGCUGGAGACCUCAUGUCAAUCUUGUUCUCCAAAAGGGAAAAAAACAAGACAAACCCAUACAUCUGGUCCCGCCCCAGAUCUCUCUUUCUCUCCUUUUCUUUGGCCUCUAGGGAUGGCUUUUAAGUCCCCCAUCUUCUACAAAGAAUAGAGAAGGGAUCACGCAACAUGACCUACCAGAACCUUGAUAUCACAAUAUUGCCACCCUUGGGCAUUGGGACAUAGGUGCGGAUUAAGACUUUGCAUAAUAAGAUUACACGCUGACUGAAUGAUAUCAAGGGACGAUCCAUAUGUGGCAAGCUGGCUCUCUGUCGCCGGCUCAUUGGCGGGUGGUACAGCUUGCGGAGAGAGGUGCCUGGGAGAGCCGCUGGGAAUCAAAUGGGAUUCAGAUUGUAAAUGAGUUGGCCAUUUGCAGUCAUAGCUAUCAGCGACCGGAUCUCUCCUAGUUCCACAUUUAAAUGUGAGAGGUUAGAUCAGCUGUCCUUUGUGUGAUUACCACAAUGACCCGCAAUGAUGCCCAAGUCUA